GCUCUGAGCUGUUUCCAGCUCAGUAGGUGGAUUUAGAGGACAGGUGGAUGUUCGAGGACAGAAAUGAUUCCAGUGUUUUAAUGAAAGAGUGAAGAUGGAGCGGACUGUGGGACUGCACCUUUCUCUCUGUGCAGUGAUGAGCCUCCUCCUCUGUGUGCUUUCUCAUAAGAUGACAGUGUAUCGUCUGGAGAAAUGUGAAAAAUCUAACCGCAUAGAAGCCUGUGUCAACGACAGUGAUGACUGCGACCUCCAACCGCCUACAUCUCUACAGCAGACCCUGAACAUAUCCUGUUACUAUGAGGAGAAAAGGAAGAACCAGAACUGGUUCAGAUCUUUUACGUGUGAGUGGAGCGAGGAGUCGGACGGCCACACAGAGCCAAAAGUUUCUGUCAUCGUCAGAAGCCAUCAUACAAUCUUUUCAUGCAAGACGAUUAUCAACCGGCUCGCUUUCUUUGAUGUAACAGUCAGGAUAAAAAACUACCAAACAGGCAGAGAGAUCUGGUCCAGACCUCACACUCUGGACGCCAGAAGAGCAACCAAGCCGUCUCCACCUGAUUUAACCGUGCUCAGCUCCUCCAACCACUCUGCCAUCGUCUCUUGGACGUGCACGAAUCAAUGCAGCUGUCAGCUUCGUUAUAAAGUUGACAACACUUCAACAUGGACCCAGGCUCCAGAUCUGAUCUCUGGAGGUCGCUCUGUCAAACUGAACCACACCCUCUCCGACCUCAGACCGUUCACUGACUACAGAGCCGCUGUCCGCUGCAGAGAGUCGUCUGUGUUUUGGAGUCAGUGGAGCGCCGACGCCCUUGUGAAGACGCUGGAAAGAGUACCCUCCAGGUCUCCUGACGUCUGUUACAGACUGGAGAAAGCAGACGCUGCUGAAUCGUUUCUCCUUCAUCUCAUGUGGAAGGACCUCCCCCUCCUUGAUGCUGGAGGUCGUAUCCUUGGAUACCAGGUGAGCUAUGGGCCAAUGAGGACACAGGACAGAUUAAUCAAGAAUGUCAGAGACGUGACGGCUGUCCUGGAGGUGAAUGCUGGGAACUACAGUGUCUCAGUUAGAGCCUUCAACAUGGCCGGCUAUGGACCUGCUGCAAACAUCAGCAUCGACACGCAGAGACAGACGACUGUUCCUUCGGUCAGACACUUGUGGGCUCUGAGUUCAGCUGAUGGUCUUCUGGUCCGAUGGGAGACCCCCAAAGACCCCUUGUCCCUGUCUCUGCCUGUCAGUCAUUAUGUCGUUCAGUGGCGCUCUGAGGAUCAACAGUCCAGCAGCCACUGGAGGACCGUGGACAACCCCAACACCUCCACUGUCAUACAAGAAAUUGAUCCUGAUGAGUCGUAUCGGAUCUCUGUGUUCCCAUGCUAUCAUCAUCAGUGUGGAGCUCCACAGUCUCUGCCUGCCAGUCUGCAGCAUGGAGCUCUGAUGGAGGUGGUGAAGCUGAAAGUUGUGAAUGUUACCAAGACGACUGUGACUGUUAUGUGGGCGUGGCGAAGGACACAGCAAACGCAGUCUGAACCAAUCAAAGUGGAGGGAUACAGGGUGAUGCUGAGGAGAGGCUCAGAGAGACAAACUCUGCCUCUGUGGCCUGACCAACAGCAGCACACCUUUGUCAACCUGCAACCCAACACUGACUAUUCUCUUGUCCUAAUGGCUGAUGAUUAUUCGCGAAGCAUCAUCCCCCUGACGACAGACUUUGAUGAAGUCCCGGUGGUGGCCACAGUCACUCCUCUGCUGCUGCUCGCCAUCGUCGUGUUCAUCAUCUCCAUCCUGUCCCGGACUGUGUACAAGUCGUACUUCUUCCCGCCGAUCUCCAGCCCUCGAGGCAGCACAACAGGCCAGUGGCUGAUGGACCCGAACCCCCAGAAACUUGCAGGGAAACCCGUCCUGGACAUAUACGCCUUUGAGGUGACAGACGUUGUGGAACAGAAAAGUUCCAUCACCGUCUGUCCAAACUGUGAGCCGCCAUCAGAGAAGGAGCUUCAUGAAGACGCCUCUCUGCUGUCCAGCAAUCAGCUCCUCAUCAAGAUGGACCCAGACUAUGUGUCUGAGGCUCUAGUGUUCACUGAGCCAGUGCUGCCGUCUCCUCAGACCUCCUAUCAUCCGGUCUACUCUGUGAGCUGCUCUCAUGCUGACCAGGACCAGGAUCAAGAAGUUCUUCUGCCAAAGAGGAACCACGCCAACGUGCCUCCUCAGACUAACAGCAACUUUCCUCAGAAAGAGGAAGAGAAUGGACGAGUCUCUGAGUUCUCACAGCAGAGAGAAACGGUUGUACAAAGUCCAUGUCAUGAAUUCACAGCUAACACAAGCAGGGGUUUUGCUUAUCAGCCCAUCAGCAGGGUAGAGUGUGUGGUCGGCUCGUCUUCCUUUAAGGGGAACAUUAAUGUUGAAACCAACAGAUCUCUGAUCUGUGACGAUUAUAUCGCAAACAGCUGCUUUCCUGCAAGGACUUCACACGAAGCCUGAUCGCACAACACCAGAACUGCACACAUGCUCAGUGAAAGGUGCUCUGAGGAGACACGGAUAAAAAUAAUGCUGCAGGAAAAUAAGCUUUAAUAAUGCCAGCAAUGCAAAUUAUGCUGCAGGAAAAUAAGCUUUAAUAAUGCCAGCAAUACAAAUGAUGCUGCAGGAAAAUGAGCUUUAAUAAUGCCAGCAAUACAAAUGAUGCUGCAGAAAAAUAAGCUUUAAUUAUGCCAGCAAUACAAAUUAUGCUGCAGGAAAAUAAGCUUUAAUAAUGCCAGCAAUACAAAUGAUGCUGCAGAAAAAUAAGCUUUAAUUAUGCCAGCAAUACAAAUUAUGCUGCAGGAAAAUAAGCUUUAAUAAUGCCAGCAAUGCAAAUGAUGCUGCAGGAAAAUAAGAUUUAAUAAUGCCAGCAAUACGAAUGAUGCUGCAGGAAAAUAAGCUUUAAUAAUGCCAGCAAUGCAAAUGAUGCUGCAGGAAAAUAAGCUUUAAUAAUGCCAGCAAUACAAAUGAUGCUGCAGGAAAAUAAGAUUUAAUAAUGCCAGCAAUACAAAUUAUGCUGCAGGAAAAUAAGAUUUAAUAAUGCCAGCAAUACGAAUGAUGCUGCAGGAAAAUAAGCUUUAAUAAUGCCAGCAAUACAAAUUAUGCUGCAGGAAAAUAAGAUUUAAUAAUGCCAGCAAUACGAAUGAUGCUGCAGGAAAAUAAGCUUUAAUAAUGCCAGCAAUGCAAAUGAUGCUGCAGGAAAAUAAGCUUUAAUAAUGCCAGCAAUGCAAAUGAUGCUGCAGGAAAAUAAGCUUUAAUAAUGCCAGCAAUACAAAUGAUGCUGCAGAAAAAUAAGCUUUAAUAAUGCCAGCGAUACAAAUGAUGCUGCAGGAAAAUAAGCUUUAAUAAUGCCAGCAAUACAAAUGAUGCUGCAGGAAAAUAAGCUUUAAUAAUGCCAUCAAUAAAAAUGAUGCUGCAGAAAAAUAAGCUUUAAUAAUGCCAUCAAUAAAAAUGAUGCUGCAGGAAAAUAAGCUUUAAUAAUGCCAGCAAUACAAAUUAUGCUGCAGGAAAAUAAGAUUUAAUAAUGCCAUCAAUACAAAUGAUGCUGCAGAAAAAUAAGCUUUAAUAUUGCCAUCAAUAAAAAUGAUGCUGCAGGAAAAUAAGCUUUAAUAAUGCCAUCAAUACAAAUGAUGCUGCAGAAAAAUAAGCUUUAAUAUUGCCAUCAAUAAAAAUGAUGCUGCAGGAAAAUAAGCUUUAAUAAUGCCAUCAAUACAAAUGAUGCUGCAGAAAAAUAAGCUUUAAUAUUGCCAUCAAUAAAAAUGAUGCUGCAGGAAAAUAAGCUUUAAUAAUGCCAUCAAUACAAAUGAUGCUGCAGAAAAAUAAGCUUUAAUAUUGCCAUCAAUAAAAAUGAUGCUGCAGAAAAAUAAGCUCUAAUAAUGCCAGCAAUACAAAUGAUGCUGCAGGAAAAUAAGCUUUAAUAAUGCCAGCAAUACAAAUGAUGCUGCAGAAAAAUAAGCUUUAAUAAUGCCAUCAAUAAAAAUGAUGCUGCAGGAAAAUAAGCUUUAAUAAUGCCAGCAAUACAAAUGAUGCUGCAGAAAAAUAAGCUUUAAUAAUGCCAUCAAUAAAAAUGAUGCUGCAGGAAAAUAAGCUUUAAUAAUGCCAGCAAUACAAAUGAUGCUGCAGGAAAAUAAGCUUUAAUAAUGCCAUCAAUACAAAUGAUGCUGCAGAAAAAUAAGCUUUAAUAUUGCCAUCAAUAAAAAUGAUGCUGCAGGAAAAUAAGCUUUAAUAAUGCCAGCAAUACAAAUGAUGCUGCAGGAAAAUAAGCUUUAAUAAUGCCAGCAAUACAAAUGAUGCUGCAGGAAAAUAAGCUUUAAUAAUGCCAGCAAUACAAAUGAUGCUGCAGAAAAAUAAGCUCUAAUAAUGCCAGCAAUACAAAUGAUGCUGCAGUAAAAUAAGCUUUAAUAAUGCCAGCAAUACAAAUGAUGCUGCAGAAAAAUAAGCUUUAAUAACGCCAGCAAUACAAAUGAUGCUGCAGAAAAAUAAGCUCUAAUAAUGCCAAUAAUACAAAGGCAUUAAAGGUGCAUCUAUAAAUAUAGAAUAUCAUUAAAAGUUCAUUUUGCUGAGAAAGGCCAAUCCAAUUUCAUUUUCAAUUUCAAUUUAUUUUACUGACAUGAACAGAUCAGUUACUGCCAAAGCAGUGUAAAAAAUAAAAAUGCAUUAAAUAUUUACACAUUUUAUAAAUUUGCAUAUUAAAUAAUUUCACUAAUAAUUUUUUAAUGAAAUAAAUCUGAUUAAUUAGAUAAAACAAUUAGACAAAAAAUAAUAGAAAUAAAAAUAAAGAAUAAAAAAUACAUAAAUAAACUCUGGUCCAAACUCUGGUUGAAACAGUCGCCUCCUGAAGUUUUAUUUUCCUCUGGAUUGUGGUUUACAGCAGAGACUCUUCUAAGAAUAGAUGAUAACUAGAUCAAAAUUACAAUUUCAGCUCAAAUUGUGUGGGGAUGCUGAGAGCUGAAAUGUGGAAGAACGGCUAAAAAUAGCCAAAAGCACAAAAAUAGCUGAAAAUAGCAUAAAAAUCCAGCCCGAUCUGGAAUUGUACAAAUCAAACAUGUUUAGCCUUAGAGGCUUUUUUAUCCCACUUCUCUCUUGCUGUAGGCCUCAAAUAAGGCCACAUUCGAGGGGAAAUGGGUCUGAAAUCACCUAAUGUGCAAACAACCUCAAGCUGUUAAACUCAUAAGCUUUUUAUGUCUGUAAAAAUGUGAAUCCUAUUGAGCCAAAGCUGUAAAUAAGGGGUGUCAAACUUUCUGGAUUCAGGACUAACCUGAGGGUCUAACAGGGUCACCGUUUUAACCAUAAAACUGUCAACCUUGUUUCACCAGUAAUAAAAUAUGAAAAAAAAACU